CAAAUCAACUUUCCGAGGAACUCUGGGAUUGACUGCUUCCGAUUUCUGUGAAAAUUUGUGAUAAUGGUGUAAAUUUACGGUUAAUUAUACUCAUUAGUCGUCGCUUUCAUUCAUGAAAACCAUGCCAUGAGAAGGAAGGAAGGUUUAGAUACUCUGGGUUUUCCAUAAGACAUCGAAAAUGGUGUUUUUUAACGGAUCCGUAAAGCUGACUGUCUGCGAGGCAGUAGAUUUGAAGGCGACGGACUUUGCAACCAGACAUGCAAUGGGGCCUGCGAAUCUGAAUCCCUACAUUUCUAUCGAUGUCGACGAAGUGUACGUCGCCAGAACGACAGCAAAGGGCAAAACAAUACGACCAUCAUGGAAUGAAGAUUUUGUGACAGAAGUCCACAAUGGGAACGCCAUCAACUUGACAGUGUUUCAUGAUGCAGCGAUUCCUCCAGACGAUUUUGUAGCAAAUUGCUCACUACCCUUUGAAGAUUUGAAAACAAACUCCGAUAUAUGGGUUGAUCUGGAGCCUUGUGGAAAAAUUCACAUCCUCAUUGAACUCAGUGGGGCCAAGUCUGAGGAACCACCAAAAGAAAGAGUGUUCAAGGAGAAGGAGGGGCUGCUCAAUCGCCGUCGUGGCGCUAUGAGAAGGAGAGUCCACCAGGUCAACGGACAUAAGUUUAUGACAACAUGGCUUCGCCAGCCCACUUUUUGCUCAGUUUGUAGAGACUUCAUAUGGGGACUUUGGAAACAAGGAUAUCAAUGCCAGGUGUGCACAUGUGUUGUCCACAAACGCUGUCAUCAGAUUAUUGUUACAAAAUGCCCAGGAAUGAAGGACACAUCCACUGAGGAGGUAGGGGUGAUUUAUGACAAGCGCUUCAACAUCAAUGUGCCACAUCGAUUUGUUGUCCAUAACUACAAACGCUUCACUUUCUGUGAUCAUUGUGGCUCGCUGCUGUAUGGGCUUAUAAGACAGGGACUCCAGUGUGAGGUCUGUAAGAUGAAUGUGCACAAAAGAUGUCAGAAAAAUGUGGCCAACAACUGCGGCAUCAACACAAGGGAUAUGGCAACUGUUCUUGCUGAUUUGGGUAUCACAGGAGAUAAACUGGGCAUGAGAAAGAAGAAGCCGUCAAUCAGUGAGUCUCCGCCCACUAAUAUACAUAAACAAACUAUGAAGGAUAGGAGAACUGUAUCCUCACCGAUACCUACAAUUAAAGACGCAGACGAGAGCGGUGAAGAUGGAACUGGGAUGACAAGCAACAGCCUGGACCGCCUUGACACAGACUUUCCUUCCCAUGCCACCUUGCCCAGGACCCCCUCCUCCCCAGGGAGGGACUUCAAGAGGAGAGACAAGGACCAUGUCUGUCUACAAGAUUUUAACUUUAUUAAAGUAUUAGGAAAAGGCAGCUUUGGAAAGGUAAUGCUAGGUGAGCACAAACCAACUGGUGAUGUCUUUGCAGUCAAAGUGCUGAAGAAGGAUGUUAUCAUUCAGGAUGACGAUGUGGAGUGCACUAUGACAGAAAAAAGAAUCCUGGCUCUUUCAGCCAAGCAUCCUUUCCUUACUGCAUUGCACUCCAGUUUUCAGACAAAGGAUAGACUCUUCUUUGUAAUGGAAUAUGUGAAUGGAGGUGACCUUAUGUUUCAAAUUCAGAGAGCUCGGAAAUUUGAUGAACACAGGGCACGGUUUUAUGCUGCUGAAGUCACAUUAGCAUUGAUGUUUCUUCACAGGCAUGGAAUCAUUUACAGGGACUUAAAGCUAGACAAUAUUUUACUGGAUGCAGAAGGCCACUGUAAACUAGCAGACUUUGGCAUGUGCAAGGAAGGGAUGUAUGAAGGCAAAACCACACAGACAUUUUGUGGUACACCAGAUUACAUAGCGCCUGAGAUCCUGCAGGAGUUGGAGUAUGAUGCCUCAGUGGACUGGUGGGCCCUGGGAGUGCUGAUGUACGAGAUGAUGGCGGGACAGCCACCAUUUGAAGCUGACAAUGAGGAUGAUCUGUUUGAGUCAAUUCUCCACGAUGAUGUUCUCUAUCCAGUUUGGCUCAGCAAAGAGGCUGUGUCUAUAUUAAAGGGGUUCAUGACCAAGAACCCUGCCAAGAGACUAGGUUGUGUGAAGGCCCAUGGAGCAGAGAAGGCCAUUAAGACCCACCCUUUCUUUGCCCAUGAUAAAAUGAACUGGGAUGAGUUAGAACAGAAAUUAGUCAAACCUCCAUUUAGACCAAAGAUAAAAUCCAAGUUUGAUGCCAACAACUUUGACAAGGAUUUCACAUCAGAGGACCCUGUGUUGACGCCCAUAGACAAUGCGGUCGUGAAAGCCAUUAACCAGGCGGAAUUCAGAGGCUUCUCCAUGGUGAACACUGACUAUGGAAAGCUCACAUUUCCCAAGGAAGACCAAAAGCAAUCACAGCCACAACAACAGAAAGAAGCGGAGGAACAAAAACCAGAAGAACAGCCUCAGCUACCACAGCAAGAACAAAAGACGGCACCUCAGCAGCCUCCCACGAAUAAAGAAGAACAAAAAGAACAACAAAAGCAGACACAAAAGCAAGAGUUUGCCACUACUACCGCUAAAGCGCUUGAGCAAAAAGUAGAAAAUCAACAGCAACAGAAAAUUGAGCCUCCUCUUGAAGAAAUGUUAUGAUGAGAAAUUUGCAUUUAAACAUUUGAGUUAAUAGUACAACCAUCAGCCAAAAUUUUAGGAUAUCAUUCAUCUGUUUGAAUGGGGCUGUGUUUUUCUGUAUAUGGUUAUAUUGCAAGUUUGGAAGGCUGCAGUUUGACAGCUGUUCUUUGAGAGACAUUAAUUGAAGCAAAGUGUGGAAUCUGAAAGAGAAAACUAUAAAACCAGCAGUAGUUUGAGGUGAAAUUAACCAAAUGAAGUUGGGAGUUGAAAUGUGACUGGAAAGUGAUACGUAUCUUGUGAGCAAAAGAGUAUGUGCAUGUUCUGAGGUACCUCAUUUUAUCUUCAUUUGAAAUGAGAAAAGCACAAUUAAAUCUGUGCACUGAAAAAACGCUGGUGGUUUGUUGUUCACAAGUUUCCAUGUUACAUUGGUACUGCAGUAGCAACAGAGUGAAUCCAGUCGCAUUUUGAAGAAACCAGCUUAUCCACUCCUACUGAGUUGCAAUAUGAUGGAUAGGAUUCCUGCUGUACACAGACCAGAGGAAAGCCUGUUGGUAUUGUGGUUACUUUCAAGAAGAAGGAAGUUGUUUGAUCCAGUCCUGGAAACAGUAUUUUUUGGAGGGAAAUAAAAAAAGCAGCUGACAGCCCCAACAACUACGUCAGGAAAUUGCAAGAUAAUCAAGCUCAGCUUACCAUCAGUGAUUUAUCCUAGCAAAAGUGAAAGGAGGCAGCAGGGACAGCUAUGGGUUAGACUGAUAAUUUGGCACUUUUGUGUACUGGCAUGUGGUGACAAUAGCUUGCUAGUUGUCACAGUGUGUGAUCAGAGACAUACACCAGAAUCUUGAUCACUAUGUCAACAAAACAGUUUAUUUUAUCGCCAGCCCCAACUAGCAAACAUGAUGAUAGUUUACAGCAAUGAGGUGGACAGGUGAAAUGCUACUUGGAGUUAAGAAGCAGCAAUGUGUACUGUACGCUGUAACUGCCUUUGUUGUAUGUUAUGUGUGUUCCUGCUACUUUGGAAUAUGAAGCCAGCCCGAUGGUUAGAAGAAGUCUUGCCACUUGGUAUCUACAGACGUGUGUCAUCUUUUUCCCCCCAGUAUUAUCAGUGGGCAAGUUUCAGAGGAGGGCCGCUAUUCUCAUCUUUGUUCACACGCACAUGUUGACAGUCUGGGGCUUUAAAUAGCUGCUUUUAGUGUUACUGAAACAUAGAUGUCGCCACUUCACUAUUGCACUUUGGUGUUCUUACUACUUUGACUACUUUUAUGUAAAUCACAGUGUUUCAUGGGCCAUGCACACUCCUGUGUAUUACUGUGGUCUCUACAGAUGGUUGUCAGUGGGAUGAUUCAUGUGACGGUAUACGUGAUGAGUUGUGAGUUGAUAUUUACACUACAGUGCAGCUAUGAUAACUGUAGGUGAAGCAGAGUAUUAAUUCGAGAUGUAAAACCAUUUCAGUUCACAUGAUGGAGUUGAGAGCAUUGAGAUUGGUUAAAGGUUGGAGUAGCGUGACUGCUGCAGUAAUGGCGUGAUCAUUACUGAAUCAAAACCACAAUGCUGAUUAAUUUUUUUGUAAGUAGAAUGUAGGUUGAAUAUUGAUGGACGUUUGGUAAUGCACGCGUAUUGAAACCAUGACGUAUGGAACACAGGAUGGCCCUUUUGCUCAUUAUAGUGCAUUUAAGUAUUUUAACUUAUUAUAUAAAUCUAGCAUGGAGCUUUUAACUGCAUUUGUUGGACAGGAAAGUGCAAUGUUUGUUGAAUACUAUAUAUAUACAUACAUAUAUACAUAUAUAUACAUAAAUAUUUAUAUUUAUCAAUGUACACAAAAUGAUAUCUGUGCAUUUUGCAAUUUGUAAUUACAUUUUCACAUAUUUUUCAUCUUUUUUCUGUAACUGUAAAUCUAGCUCUGAAUGGAUAUCCUUGUGCAUGCUUGUUAUUUAUUUGUGCAUUUCAUUUCAUUUGUAAUUUAUUAUUGUCCUCACAUCUUCGGGACUAAAGAUAUUAGUAAACGGGUGUCUGACCAUCCCUAGCCAGCAGAGGUCUACAGCAUGGCUUAAGUCUUGUGAAAACCCCUUCUAGGCAGGAAUUACCCCCCCCCCCCCCCUUUUCUCUUUUCCUCACUUGCCAUCUCCAUGUAAUUCCUGAAAUUGGCUGUGUGCUUGUCACUUGCUUCUUUCAAGAGAUGAAAGUUUUCUGGAUAAUUAGGUGUGUUGCACUUAUCCCCCUUCCUCCCUCUAAUCCCACCCCCAUAUAAGACUGUAAAAUGUCUUAUUACAGAAAGUCACAAGGCAGGCAUUGCAUUAAUAAACUUAUCACUUUGUUAAAUUUUAAUAUUGUUUACAUGUGAACUUUAGCCAAAUGUCUCAUUUCCUAUUUUACUAACUUUUGUCACAAUCUGGCUUUAUAUCAGUAUCUAGCUAGAGGGAACAGUUUAUUUUAGUAAGGAGCACUGUCAGCUUUACCUUGCCAAGUUUUUUGUUUGUUGUUUUAUCAUGCAUGCUACUACCAUAUUUUACAUGACAUUUUCAUUUGCAUCCUAAUUUGUGUUAGUGGACUUAUGAGUUAGAGAUCAUGUUGUGAAAGGCCCACAUUGUUUACAUGAUUGGUAUUUUUAUUCCACUGCCCGGCUUCUUGUGAUUGAUUGUUCAGGGUUUCUCUUGGUUUCUUGUUUUUAAGUGCUGUAAAUGCCUUGUGUUUAUUAAUUACAGCAUUUGAUUUUUCUGUACAAUUUAGUUCAGUUGUAGUUAUUUCUUGCCAUGGUCAAUUAUUUAUCUGAAACUCGCAACAACUCUUUUAUGAUGAUUGAGAUAUAUUCUGAACAGUAGAAGUAAAUUUCAGACAUUUUACUAAAGAAAGGAGAUAUAUAAAAUACAUAAUACCAUUUUAAACUCACAGUUCAGUUCAUAACUCUUAAGAAAUUGUUUCAUUUCACUUUCGUUUAAAUGCAGAAGUCUCUAUCCUUAUGAGAAAGCAGCGCGGCCCGUGAUAUAGCCGUCUUUUUAAUAUUGGUGCUAUUGUAUGAUAGAUGUGUAGCCUUGACCUGCAUUUAGUGAAUAUUAGGUGCCGAGAAUUUUUUAAAAACUAGUCUUCUUUUUGUAUAGGGGCGAAUACAGUUAGUCAACCUUGAGAGCAGCUUUAGUGGGGCAUACUGUUGGGCUUAGUGUCCUAGGCUCUAAUAUCUGUGUUGUAGGCAUAGAAUAAGACAUUUAGAUCACAAGUAUUUAGUGGUAGGUCCUGUGUGUUUGAAAUCUGCACAAUGCCUGCAUGGUUUUUGUAUGGGCGUCCUUACAUGAGAGAAAGGUGUGGUUUCAGUGCUCAUGGCACGUCGAUACGUUCUGUCCAUGUUUGUACUUUUUGUUUUCCUUUUCUUGAUGCAGUCUUGAUUUUUUUUCUAGUUAAAAUACUUAUGUUGCAGUGAUGUGUGAUUUUUUUAAUGGGAGAAGAUGGUUAUGAGGCCAGGUGGCUAAUAUAAACAGUGCUUACCUUUAUGUCAUCAGCUAAAGAUUUCCAAGUUGGGUAGUGUAUAUUCUGCUUGAUCAUUUUGAAGAGCAGAGGAACUUAUUUUGAUAUUGCUGUGUAGUCUGUGAGAGACAUAACAGCAGAAGUUGUCAUUGUGCAGUUCUUAUUGUCCAGUAAGCAUCACAUUUUGUCAGCCGAAAAAUUCGUUUAAAUCUAAAAAAAUAACAGUUGCUUAAUAUAAAAUGUUUCUUUACUGGUUCAAGUGUGCAAUUAAUCAACUUAUCUUCUUCCUCUAUCCAAAUGCAUUGUUAUUUAAGGUACAGAACUUGGUUGAAAAUGAUAAAAAGUGGUCUCACUGUUAUCUGUACUUGAUUGUUGUAAGAUCUUGUCAGUAUAUUGUAAAUUUUUUUUCCAGAAAAAGUGUUUGGUGUUACGGUACAUAUUGGAUGUGUGGACAAGUUAAUGACUGUAGUAUAUAUUAUCCCUUGUUGCCAUUAGAAAGAACUUUUUUUAGUAUGAACAGAGAGAUGAAUGCUCACAUCACAUUUUCAGCACCAUCUAGUAAAUAAAAGAGUGCUAUUGUUAAGUGGUAAAAUGGAGAUUUUCCAUUUGGCCAAAAGAUGUCAAUAUAGAUUGCCUUUUUUAUUGCAGGUCAUAACGUAAUUCUCAUGUUGUAUACCUUUCUCCAUCCUGGGUUGGUAUUAUAAAGUAUUGAGUUUAUUCAGUCAUGAGAAGGAUAAAUGUUCAGCAGUUAAACCCACGGGAGAUGACCGGCAGACUAGUGUUCAGUGUACUGUUGGCCCACCUCUUCCUUUACAUUACUGAGAUUGGGCUUUCAUGGGUUGAUUGUUGGAUUAAAAAAUGGACAAGAUUCAAAUAUUGUUGGCCAUCUUUCAAGGGAGGCUUUUGAAUCAAUAUUCUCUUAGGCAUGAAUGAGAGAAAAUUUUCUUUUCCCCUUUGAAAACAUUUGGGCUGAAUGGUUUUAUGAAAUACUUAAAAGAUUAGCUCUGAAUUUUAGGGUUUAGAUCACGGGCGGUAAACCUGAAAGCAAUCAACAGAUCAGACAUCAAAGCUAAUUAGUUUAUUACCCUGUAUUCGUUUUUUUUUUUUUUUUUUUUUUUUUUUUUUUUUUUUUUUUUUUUUUUUUACACAAAUCAUUUCUUUAAAAGCAGAUGGUUGUUGUCUCAAGAUGGUGUUCCUCGUAAUGCACACUGACACUUACAUUUGUUGUGUAUUGUGCCGAGUCUUAUAUCAUGUUAAGUGUGUAAGUGAAUUAAACUAGAUAUUUGCAUAUUUAUGUAUCAAGUCCUUGUAGCGUCAACAAGGCAGACGGAGUGCUAUGUGUUUGUUGCAUUCAAUUUACUGAUGUGGAUAUGUAAAUUAUACAAUUAGUAUCCAUAACAUUACAUGUUGAUGGAUCAUGGCUUUGAAAGCUAUAUAGAUAUUUCUGUAUCAUUGGCUGUUUUAGUUGAAAAUAAAAAAAUAUUGAAUUUUCA